CACACCUGAUCUGGAAAUCUGACGGCAAUUGCCUCACAUCUCACCACACACUCGCUGCCGCGAACAGCUGGCUUUCGGCUGUCACUGUCACCUGUGUCAAUCGUUGGACGAUUUCCUCGGUUAGUGGUUGUCGUCGACAUCUUUAAAUCCUUUUUCGUUCAUUCUUUUCAACUGCUCCACCAUAUUAAUUGCACGCUUUGAUCAGUUCGCGUCAAUCUAACGCGGUUUCGCGAUAACCUUCGUGAAAAAUCAACACGAUCUACAGCUUUAAAGUGCCUAAAGUGUAACGCGUAAAAAAGUGAAAUUGAAUGGAUUCUCUCCGAGGAAAAUGACGUAUGCAAGAAAUUUUUAGGGAAAAAAUUGCUAAAUAAAGUCAAUCCACGCGAUACGCAAAGUUCGAAAAAGUUGUCUAUGCUAUUAGCUCUGUGAUUGCGUGUGAAGCGUUAAUUAUCGCGUGGUGGUAAGAUGACUACCUAUCUCGAUGUGAUCCAGCACUAUCAGCGAAGCAUUGAGAAAGCUUCUAAUGACGAGACUAGGCUUCUUCAUUGCAUCGACAAAUUGUACAGGCUACCGGUUACCGUUGAGCAUCUCCAACAAACUGGAAUUGGUAAGACCGUCAAUUCGCUCCGUAAAUACGACAAAGAGGUUGGUGUAGCCGCGAAAGCAUUGGUUGCCAAGUGGAAAGCAAUGGUAGCAGCCGAGGAAGACAUUGUUGAGGAUGAAGAUACUCAUAAAGUUGACGACGACGAUCAGUCCAAUGACGACAACGAUAAAUACAACGGAAGCCAUAACGGAGAAAACAGCCACAAUAAUCAUAAACACAAGCAAUCAUCGAACCGGAACGACAAAUCAAGUGAUUCUGAUUCUAAAGAUAAACGACACAGAGAAAAGGGAAGAGAAGGAUCAAGAGACAAGCGACAUAGUUCAAGUGAUAGCAAAAGAAUCAAUAAUAUUGUAAGUGAUAGACAUAACCAUGAUAAAAACAUCAACAGCAGUAGCAAAAGCCAUAAAGACAAGCAUGCCAGCAAUGAUCAUCAUCGCAAUGAUAAACACAAUCGUGAUCGACGAAACGAAGAAAAGUUUAAAAGUAGUAGCAAUCAUUCUAGCAAAAAAGCGCGUUCACCGGAACCGAUUUACGAAUCUCCAACGCAUAUGUCUGAUGACGACAACUUUUAUGAUGAUGACGAUGAAGAUGAGGAAAAAUUGGUCAUAGACACCGAAAAUAACAAAGAGAAGGUAGAGCAAUCAACAAAGCACUCGAGUUCGGACUCAUCGAAAUCAUCAUCAAAGUCAUCUAGCCAUCAUAAGAGUAAGAGUAGCAGCAAAGAACGUUCUGAUAAGGAAAGAGAGAAAUCCAAAACGGAGUCUACCAGGACCUCAUCUAGUAAAAGUCAUAGCAGUGAUAAGGUCGAUAACCACAAACAUGAAGAACGCCACCGUCACAAAUCUGAUAAAAAAGAUCAUGACAAAAGUUCUCAUAGAAGCAAUGGAGAUCAUAAAUCAUCAUCUUCGUCUUCGAAAAGUAAACAUCAUGAAAAACCGAAAGAAGAUGAAAAGAAGAACAGUAGUAGCAGCAGCAGUAAAGAGAGUAGCAGCAAAUCCAAUAGCAAAAGCAGUAGCAGCAAAAGUGAUAGCCACAAAAGUAGCAAAGAAAAACACAAGAGUAGCCACGAUAAAAGUGACAGCAGCAGCAGCAAGAGCUCUAAGCGAAAACACGAGAGUGCUGAUGACUCUAAUUCGGAAGAAGAGCAAACCACCCCGAAAAAAGCUAAAACUGCUAAUAAGCAAAUCGAUGGUGGCAUCGAUAGCUCAAUGGGUAAAUUUAGUUUCGAAGAAGCUCUGGGUUUGAUGGCACCACCAUCUAAAUCGUCAUCAAAACUCAAAUCGCCAAAAAUGAACGGAACCGCCUCAUCAGCAUCUUCAUCGUCCACAGCUACGCCAACAAAGUCUGAGUCGUCUACACAACACUCUUCUAAAAAAAUCGAUCGCUCUAAAACUCCACCGCUACUGACAGCAAAAGCGAAAUUAGAACCACUCGAUCCAAAACUAUCGCUUGAGCUGCCAACAAUUUCAAAUAAUUAUAAACCACUGCCGCUCAAUCCUGCAGUUAUGGAUUGUGUAUUUUCUAAUAACGUUGCUAAGCCGCCACCGCCAAAGCGUGUCAUGUCGGAUGCUGAAGCACUUCAAAGUGGUAUUCAAUCUAAAACAAUUCGGACAAAAAUUUAUUCUGGAAUGAAAACCGGUCAAUUGCUACAAGUUCCUACGUUAUUCCAGCUUUGUAUUCGUGUCCUACAGAAGAACAUUGAUGGUUUGGAAUAUACUGGUGGCGUUCCAUUUGAAGUCUUGAAGCCUGUCCUGGAACUAGCAACACCUGAACAACUCCAGUCAUUUGAGGAAUAUAACCCGUACCUGCUGGAAGAUACGGACGAUCUAUGGAGAAUUCAUUGCGGGCGUAGAUACAAAACCCAGAAGAGAGAAGAGCUGGAAUCAUGGCGGGAAAUGUUUGUGCGUUGCAAAGAGAAGGAGGAAGAACGUCUUAGUCUGCUAACGAAAAACAUAACCUUCCAACAAAAACAAAUUUCGGCACCCGUUCGGAGAACUCAACUUGCAUACGUUGACAUAGACGUCAAGGCUCCUCGCAAUAUUCAACGGAAACAGGAACAAUAUGGCACGAAAGGCAAAAUGGCUGCUACACCAGCCGCGCGAGUCGAAGCACUUGCAAAAAUCGCACCAACUGUCGCAAAAGCAGGUGAUAUACGGUUACGUAUCGCAGCGGAAACUCGAGACACUGCCCAAGCUUCGAGUCACAGUCGCCCGAAGAAAGCUCCACUCAUGCAGAAAACAUUACAAUUAAUGAGGGGUCGUUUCAAGAGAUAAAUUCAAAUAAUCAGUUUUGUGUAUUGAAUAUGCUCUGGUCUCGAUUUAUCGUUUCUAUAGUGUUACCUCAUAAUGCCACAUGUAGAAUACUAUAUGGAAGCAUCACACGUUUGCAUAGGUUAAUUUCGUUUUAAUUUAUUUAGUCUACAUAAUUUGUUCAUUUUCUUGUUACUCUUAUUAUUCAUAAGAUGAUGCGGAAGCAUGGUUCGAGCAUGUUUAGAAUUAGGCGAUCAAACCAACAUAUUUUUAUAUGCUAGUCGUAGAAAAAAUUUUAUUAUUUCAUUAAAAUAUGUGUACAUUAAAUUGUGAAAUAGAAAUCCCCAUACAAUUGUAAAUACCUUUAGUCAUAUGUAAAUAAAGUGAUAGCAAAGAAAUUAA